GCGGAAAAUUGUGACUCAAGAAGUGCCAGUUGGAAUAUUUUGGAUUUUCACCAAAAAACCAAUCACCCACUCUGGAUACAAUUUAAAUUUUGAAGUGAUUAGGUUUCCCACUCAAUCCGCUUGAUCUCGCGAAGAAGCAUCUUCAUACGUGGUUGGGGACCAUUUAACACCAAUUUGACCUUUUCCCCGACUUCUAGCAUCCCAGACAAAAAAAGGACUAUUUGUCCUGAGGGCGGAUUUUCUGGCACAUCAAAAGGGGCGGGCAAAGGGCUUGAGAACAAGUGUUUGAGGAUGUAGGAGGACUUUUUCACGGGGAAAUACGCUAAAGAGGAUAAUCCGGGGGGUUGAACAAGGGAGAGAAUCAGUGUGGAAAAUCGGCGGAAAAAUGGGAAAUGAUAGAAAGGAUUCUGAAUCGGUGAGUGUUGACAUGGACACUUCACCGUCACCAGUGCCAGGAAUUGGCAAUUUGACUGGUACCAUGUCUCUGGAUUUACCCAAACCCCUGACAAUUGAUGAGAAAAAAUUCCUUUUGGCUGUAGAAAGGGGUGAUUUGGCCAACGUGAGGAGGAUGCUCCAGAAGGCCGCCCGAAAGCACCAUUUUAACAUCAACUGCAUGGAUUCACUGGGAAGGGGUGCUCUCACCUUGGCUAUUGAUGGUGAGAAUCUGGAGAUGGUGGAGCUACUUGUGAUAAUGGGUGUUGAAACAAGAGAUGCUCUCCUUCAGGCCAUCAAUGCGGAAUUCGUAGAAGCAGUAGAGCUUCUGCUAGAACAUGAGGAGCUCAUUCACAAAGAUGGUGAACCCUACAGUUGGCAAAAAGUGGACAUCAAUACGGCUAUGUUUACACCGGACAUCACACCCUUGACCUUAGCUGCCCAUCGCAAUAAUUACGAAAUCUUGAAGAUUUUGCUUGAUCGAGGAGCGACAAUCCCUGCUCCGCAUGAUGUAAAGUGCGGCUGUGACGAUUGUAUCAGGCUUUCGUCUGAGGAUUCUCUAAGACAUUCACUGUCCCGCGUGAAUGAAUACAAAGCCCUGGCCAGUCCCAGCCUGAUGGCUCUUAGUUCCACAGAUCCUUUGCUUACUGCCUUCCAGCUGUCCUGGGAGCUUCGAAAUCUAGCCAUGGCUGAGCAGGAGUGUAAAUCCGACUAUGUAGAAUUGAGGAGGCAGUGUCAACAGUUUGCUGUUGAUCUCCUGGAUCAAUCUCGUAGCAGUCAGGAACUGGCUAUUAUUUUGAAUCAUGAUCCUGAUUCUCCGCCCUAUAUGGAUGGUGAUCAUAUGAAACUGGCCAGACUUGAGCUUGCCAUUGACUACAAACAGAAGAAAUUUGUAGCUCAUCCCAAUAUCCAGCAACUCCUGGCAGCACUCUGGUAUGAAGGUGUUCCUGGAUUCCGACGCAAGUCUGCGAUGCAGAAGAUGACUAUUUGCGUGCGAGUGGCUCUGCUUUUCCCCCUGUACUGUGCUCUGUACAUGGUAGCACCCACUUGUUCAACGGGAGAACUCAUGAGGAAACCUUUCAUGAAGUUCUUGAUCCAUGCUUCUUCGUAUCUAUUCUUUUUGUUUCUCUUGAUUCUGGUGUCUCAGCGAGCUGAAGUGCAGGUGAUCCUUCUUUUUGGCACAGAGAGUAUGCGUCGAGCUCUCGAGGAGGAACUGAUGAGGCAACGUGGCAAUGGUCCGACUUAUCUCGAGCUUCUUGUUGUGGUUUAUGUGCUGGGAUUCAUCUGGGAAGAGACUCAGGAGAUCUUCGCAGAGGGCAUGCGAAGCUACCUUCGGAAUAUGUGGAAUUUUAUUGACUUCAUGAGGAACUUCCUUUACUGCUUGGUUGCCUGUCUGAGAGUAUUUGCCUACAUCCAACAGAACAGUGAGAUCAGCAAAGAUCCCAGCACUGCGUACAUUGCGCGGGAGCACUGGGAUGACUUCGAUCCUCAGCUUAUUGCUGAGGGACUUUUUGCUGCGGCAAAUAUCUUCUCAGCACUGAAGUUGGUGCAUCUGUUUUCGAUAAAUCCCCAUCUGGGACCUCUUCAGAUCUCUCUGGGCAGGAUGGUGAUAGACAUUGUCAAGUUCUUCUUCAUCUACUCCCUUGUACUCUUUGCCUUUGCUUGUGGCCUCAAUCAGCUGCUGUGGUACUUUGCUGAUCUCGAGAAGAAGAAGUGCUACUCACUUCCUGGAGGUCUUCCGGACUGGAACGCCCAUUCAGAUUCUUGCAUGAAGUGGCGAAGAUUUGGCAAUCUCUUUGAAUCAUCCCAGUCGCUGUUCUGGGCCAGUUUUGGAAUGGUGGAACUCGAAACGUUUGAAUUGGCCGGCAUAAAGUCCUAUACACGCUUCUGGGGUCUCCUCAUGUUUGGCUCAUACAGUGUCAUCAAUGUGAUUGUCCUCCUGAAUCUCCUUAUUGCCAUGAUGUCCAAUUCCUAUGCUAUGAUUGACGAACAUUCAGAUACUGAGUGGAAGUUUGCAAGAACCAAGCUCUGGAUGAGCUACUUUGAGGAUAGCUCAACUCUACCACCGCCUUUUAACAUUUUCCCCACUAUGAAGCUCCUCAUGCGACUCUGUGGACGUUCCAAGAAGAAGAGGGUAAUUGAGAGGAAGUCCACAAUUAGGAGGAAUCAGGAGAAGGAGCGGGAACACAGAUAUACUAGCGUCAUUCGGGCUCUGGUCUGGCGAUAUGUCUCGGCAAUGCACAGGAAGUGCGAAGAGGACACUGUGACGGAGGAUGAUAUCAAUGAGGUCAAAAUGGAGAUUUCAGCAAUGCGUUAUGAAUUGAUUGAAGUUCUGGGACGCAAUGGCAUGGACGUGUCAAUUGUGGAGCGCAAAGAGAAGACUGUUUUGGCCAAGAGAAUGAAGGUGUGGGAGAGGCGUCUUAUGAAAGAUUUCCAUGUGGCUCCUGUAGGUACCGAAGCAGAAGAAGAAGCCCCGGAGGAGCCACCAGCUGGUCCAGAAACUGGUCUGGCUAAAUUCCGACGGGUAGCCCGGCAAGUAGCCAGUUCCUCCACGGCUCACAAAUGGGGCCAAGUUAUCCAGGAUGUUGGGAUUCAGACCAAUUCGCAAAUUGGACGCUGUCGCAACCGGGAGAGCUUCAAGAAUCAGCAGAAUCUCCUGCGUGCCAUGGAGGAGGCCAGAAAACUCGUGGAGCGGAGUCCUCUGCAUCGGAGUGGAAGUGUUUCUCCGGUUGAGAUUGUGGAUCCCACAGCUAAUACUCUGAUGGAGCUGCUGAAGAAUAUCAAGGAGGAAAUUAAUGAGAUAUCGCCAAUGAAUACCCUGAAGCCUUCGAAGGAUGGAAAGAGUCGAUCGACUUCUCCUGCUCAGCUUAUUAGUGAAUUAUCGAAGAGCCCUAAGCCUGCGAAAAUUGCAGAAAUAUCAAAGAUGCCUGCUCCAAAUAUCCCGGAAAUUGUUUCUCCACCUCCCAGAUCUGAGACUUCUCCACCUUCUGUCAGUUCUCCACCGAGUGUUACUUCCCCACCGAGAAUUACGUCCCCACCGCCUGAGAUCUUGGUUACCUGUCCAGAUAAUGUGACAAGCUCAGACACUCUGAUUGACAUCGACGAGCCUCAGAAUCCGUAUAAAGUGAUAAAGAGGAAAGCUCCAACUGCUGGCGAUAUUGCUGUAUCUCGUCCUGUAGCAGCUAAACCAUCUCCCAGACAAGGAAUGAUUCCACCGCCUCCGUCAAAAACUGAGCCUGCUCCCUCACCUGUGACUGUGACACAGUCGCCUCCAAAGAAAGAUUCUCCACCGGCUGUCCAGGAACCCCGAAGAAGCAGUAUUGCAUCGUCGUCUGGGAAAGUUCCUUCAUCUCCGAAGAAGGAGUCCCCACCUGUAAUCCCAGAACCCCCACCGACUCCUCGAAGGACCAGUGUCACUUCAGUUUCCGGGAAAGUUCCAGAUUCAGGAACACUGACGCUGGAUCCUGGAGUUUCUGGUAGCAGGGAGAAGCUAGUGCCUGAAAAAUCUGCUGGAGAACCCUCAGCAGACGCCAAUAAAGCUGCCUCUUCGCCUCCGCCUUGCUUAAGACCCAUCAAACGCAUUGAAGAAGUGAAAACCAUCAAGAGACAGCCCAAAGAAGGAUGGCUCUAGUCCAGGUUAGACGUUUCUUUCGAACCCUUUUCAUUGUUUUUGCACGAGGAAAUAGUUGACUCCCUUCUCUGUUCAGUAAUAACCUUUCGAAGAACCAAAGUUACUCCAUGAUAUGUUUAAAGACGAGAAGGUUGCAGAGGACUAACUGAUGGUUUAUUGAACCACAAAAUUUAUAAUAACUCAUACAUUGACAUUCCAUAUGAUAAUGCAACUGUUAUACUGUCAACUCAUUAGCGUUAUUGAACACUUCACUCCAAAGCCAAGCCAAAUCUGAGGGUCAAUUUUUGAAAUUCUCACUCGCACCCGCGAGCUCUUUAGUGGCCGAGAGAAAUUGACUCGCACACCCCGGAAAUUCUUGAGUACGUGCAACGAGUACUUUAUGUUAUAAAGAAGUCGUUACAGAAGGAUUUGAAUCUACAGGGUGUGCGAGUGGAUUUCUCUCGGCCACUAAAGAGCUCGCGGGUGCGAGUGAGAGUUUCAAAAAUCGGGCCUCUGUUCGAAAAUCUACCGGAAGCCUUAAAGUGCAAGUUCACGUACUCGCCGCUUUGGCGUUGAUUGUUCUGCCAUUUCGAAUUUCGAUAUUCCUGACACUUCAAUUGUAAAAAUGCCAACAACAGUGUAUAAAUUUGCUGCAAAAGUGAAUUUUUGUACAGUUUUGUGGAAUUUCAACAUGGCAGAACGUUUUAAUUGCAAUAUUAUUCAAAUAAAUGUCCUUUUCAUGAACUUACUUAAUUUUGUGAAACUUGUCAGUUUAAAAGUUCGAACUUCCAACGGGUUUUAAGUAAGUUCUCUCUGACAGUUCAACCGGAGAGAGCUCUCAAAUCGGGAAAGUUAUUACUGAACGAUAGGAUUAAGUACCGCCCAAAGUUUAUUUAAGCCACGCCCCCUGAAGUUUAAUAUUGACAUUGUUUGCCUCCGGAACCUCCGGAACUUGAAAAUCUCUACAAAAAUUUGGACGAUUUUCCUCCAUCGAUUUGCAAAUUAAUACCAAUAGCUUUCUCUUUCGAAAAAUGGAAGAGUUAAAAGUUUUUCAGUGAUUAACGAUCCCAAGAAUAUUGCUAACUUCAGCAGAUUCUCUGCACUUCCAUCAAUAUUCCUGCUCGUGGUGUUCACAAGUAAAGAUUUGCAUUCUUUUCAUCACUCAUCUCCAUCAAUUGUGAUUAAAUUGUGAGAAGCAGUGUUUUCCCCUUAGUUUUUCCUCAGAGUCUCUAAAAUAAACGUGCCACUGAUGCUUUCCUGGCGUCCAUUACUCCUCUGAUUAUUUGUUCAUGUCAGCAAUUUAUAAUGGUUAAUUCAAUUAAUAUUGUAACUAAGUGCGAUGAAGAUUCUCCCUGAAAACACGUCAAUUUUUCGAAAUGGUUUCCUUGAUGGAAAAUAUCAUAUAUUUUAGCAUCGAGAAGCGUAUGAUGGGUAUUAAAUUUGAAUAAAUGGAAGGCGGAGGAAAUAAUAAAAUAAGAAAUUUAUGAAUUUAUGUAAAAAAAAAACUGGGUAAAUUUAAAUAAAAAUUCAUAUUUUGAGGCUUUCACCAUUCACAG